AUGCGAAAUAUCUACUCGAUUAUCGUGGAUACCAAACCGGAAAGCCUUCCACUGUUAUUAACGGCCGAUCUGGAAACUUUCAAUUUGGAGGACUUUAAGUAUAAUUAUGUGAAUAUGACUGCCUUCCGAUUAGUCGAUUCCGACAAUCCAUUAGUGAGACAUACGCUCAGAGAUAUCGAGCGCUUCCAACCCAUUGGAAAUAAUAUACUCAACAAAAGUAAUGUCAUUCAGGCCGGCCCGGCGCUGAUGUACGACGCCGUGUACGCCCUGUCCCGCGGUUUACACUCAUUGCAGCAAAACUCGCCGUUUUUGCUACGGUUCCCAAACAACGCGUCGUGCGAUUCGGAGAUCUCCUGGACGGACGGCUCAUCCCUUUUUAAUUAUAUCGAUUCCUUGAUGAUUAGGUAG